UUAUGUCUACCAAUAUCUCAUGUCUCGAAACUUUCGCCCUAAAUAUUAUUAAAAAUUCGUCUCCUGAAAAAAUUAUAGAUGAUGGUGAUACCCCCGAACUGGAUGCAUGCUCGUUAUGUAAUCAUGAGCUUUUUUUGUUCGAAAUAAAAAACCCGAUUACCAUACUCGUCUGUGGACAUAUAUACCACCGUGACUGCAUCGAAAAUUAUAUCAAGAAACGUUCAAUAUGCCCAAAGCCCGAUUGCAAGAAAGAAGUGGAGUCUACGAUUAAUAGCAUGCCCGGAAGUCAGAAUACCAACGAUUUGAUGGAUAUAUCUCCGUCAUUAUUUACUGACCCCCUCUUCCAAAGUCCGUCUAAAAAGCGUGCCAGUGAAUCCGUAUCGGUAAGAGAAACCACGACUAAAAAGAUUAAGAAGGCCGAUGGAAGGAAGGACAAAGAUUAUCCCAUGUUGAAAAAGCUUAUUGAGGAACUGAAAUCGUCUAAUUCUUCAAGUAGUACCGCAUCUCAAACCGAGUAUAUAACGAGACCAGGUAAUUUUACUGAUUUAUACGAUGCAAUUAUUAAGGCCGAGGAGCGAAUUGGAAGUACAAAUCAAGAAGUUAUUAGAGCAUAUUUUUUGUUUGGAAAGAAGCUUGAAGAGAAGUUGGCAGAAUAUAUAAAAACUAAUAAAGAGCGUAAAGCUCAGAGAUUGCUUACCAAAGAAGUGUCAGCGCAACUACCAUCUGAUCUAUCGAAGAAUGCAGUAGAAAAAAGAAUAGAAAGGGCGAGAAAAAUUUAUGAUCUGUUUACUACGAUUGGUGAGGAUAAAAUAGAAAGGGUUAAGUCGUAUUCAGCAUUGCGAAUCUCCAAGUUAAGCUGGGACGAGAUUGAUGCUAUAGUAGAGAAAUUCGAAUCCUAG